AUGCCGCAAAAGAUCAAACUCGCUGUCUCUCAAUCUUACACCCUCCCUACUCUACGCGAAACACUUGAUCAUCUAGCCUCCGUCACCAAAUCUGCAGCUUCACAAGGUGUCGAUCUCAUCCUAUUCCCAGAAGCAUAUCUCGGCGGCUAUCCUCGUACUUGUGACUUUGGAGCUACUGUUGGCUCAAGGAAGGAUGCUGGGAGGGAGCAGUUUUUGAACUACUUCAAGGCAUGUGUAGACCUUGGUGACACACCGCCAGGCGCUGGCGACGAAUGGCUGGAUCGAAAGCUUCCAGUUGCCAAAGGUGACGAGUACAGAGGCGAUGGCACAAGGGAGUUCUUGGAAAGAGUAGCGAGGGAGACUGGUGUUUUCGUUGUGACAGGCAUGGUGGAGAAAGCUGGUGGAAGCCUCUACUGUGCUGUUGUAUACGUCUGCCCAAGGUUGGGUGUGCUUGGCAAGAGACGCAAGGUCAUGCCCACUGGUUCUGAACGAUUAGUGUGGGCUCAAGGAUCGCCGAGCACGCUCAAGGCUAUAACGACGAAGGUCAAAGGCGUCAAGAUCACUAUGGCUGCGGCCAUUUGCUGGGAGAAUAUGAUGCCUCUGCUACGAUACAGCCUCUACAGUCAGAACGUCAAUCUAUGGUUAGCACCGACAGCCGACGCAAGAGAUACCUGGUUACCGCUCAUGCGCACUGUUGGUAACGAGGGACGAUGUUUCGUCCUUAGCGCAAUUUCAUGCGUCAAGAGGAAGAAUCUGCCAGGUUGGAUCACUGGUUCGCAACCCGCAGGCUCCGUCAAAGAACAGCCCGCCAUGGCCAAUGGUCCAGCAUCAAGUUCAGAUGAGUCGGCUGCUGACUCGAGCUCUGCUAUCGCCGAAGAAAGUGCUGACAGUUCACAAGAUCAAGGUAACGAAGACUUCGUGUGUCGUGGUGGUUCAUGCAUCGUAGGUCCGUUUGGGAACAUUGUCAAGGAGCCGAUGUGGGAAGUGGAGGAUGGUGAGCUGUUGGUAUGCGAGGCUGAUUUCGAAGACUGUGAACGUGGAAGACUGGAUCUUGAUGUUGCUGGAAGCUAUUCAAGGAAUGAUGCUUUCAAGCUCACUGUGGCAGGCCUCGAUAUCAACCCUCCACCGUGA